UCGCCUGUUGAUUCUGCUCACUUCUCCGGAGGUUUGCGUUCUAACUAAUCGGUUUAUUUGGCGUCACAGCGGGGGAUUAAUCAGCACCGAUCCCUCUGUACAGACUCUUACUGAGAAGCAGCGCUGGAGCUCCGGAUCUCUCCUGAUGGAUUUACACGCUGUGUGCUGCACUCUGCUUCUGCUGACAUGGACAGGAGCAUGUUUUGCCCAACAGCUGUUAUUACCUGAGAAAAUGGAUAAAGCGGUUGGGGAGAAUGUAGUGAUUACCCCAAUCCGUAUUCCUGAUCCACCACACUACAUCAUCAGCUGGAUGUUUAAUGUGAACACCAUUCUCACUGGACCUCCUGAUGGAAUUACAGUACUGCCACCGUACACAGGCAGAGUCAGUCUGAACAGCAGCACUUUAGCUCUGGAGCUCAGGAACCUGGCUGAGAGUGAUACUGGAGAAUAUUCUCUGACUGUAAACACUCCAACUCCAUUCAGAAAUGCCACCUCACUACAGGUGCUUGUUCCCGUCUCCAGCGUUACAAUAGUACCAAGUAACACAGAGCUGAUUGAAUUCAACAGCACUGUGAACAUCGUCUGCUCUGCAUCUGGCUCCUUGCUUUCAUUUAUUUGGCUGAAUGGCAGCUCUGAGGUAACAGCAGGGGGGCGAGUUCAGCUAACAGACAACAACAGCAGUCUGACCAUCACCAGUGUGAUCAGAGGUGACACAGGCCCAUACCAAUGUGAAGCAUCCAACGCCAUCAACAAAGCAAUAAGUUCUAAAUUGAGCCUCACCAUUUACCAUGGUCCCGAAAAUGUUGUUGUUGAAGCAGAUCCAGUGGGAGGUUUCUACAGCCCUGGGUCUAAUGUCAAACUCAUCUGCUCAGCUGAGUCCAGCCCUGCUGCUGAGUUUCAGUGGGCUGUGAAUGGAGCAGAGCUUGGUGAAAUGGGCCAAGAGCUCAGACUGAACAACAUUCAGAGCAGUCAGAGUGGCAAUUACACCUGCAUCGCACAUAACAAACAGACCCUGAGAUACUCCACGUCUGAACCCUUCAGCAUCACUGUAUUCGAAAAAAUACUUGGAGCAACAGUUACUGGAACAACAGAUUUGCUAAUAGAAGGUGUUUCCAAUGCUACAUUAAGUUGUAAAGCGAAUGGAUCCAUCCACAGUGCUAAAUGGAUGAAAGAUAAUCAGAAACUGUUGUCUAGUGACAGGAUCACAUUCUCGAAUAAAAACAGAUCGGUAAUGAUCAGUCCAGUGAGGAGAUCAGACAGUGGUGUAUACCAGUGUACACUCAGCAACCCCAUCAGCUCUGUUAAUGCAACAUACACAGUGAUUGUUAACUUUGGACCAGAUAAUAUGACAAUUAAUGGACCAAGUGAAGUGGAAGUGGGACAAACUGUUAAAUUGAUAUGUAAUACUGAAUCUACACCAAAAGCCUCAUACAAAUGGAUGUUUAAUGGCAGUUUAACUAAAGUGAAUACAACUGAAUAUACUGUGAAGAAUGCUGACUUCACACACACUGGAAAUUACAGCUGCACAGCCUCCAAUAAUGUAACAGGGUUUAACACAUCAGGAUCCCAUGGUCUGGUGGUAAAAGAAAAGGCUGUGGGUGGAGGUGGAGGUGGACUGUCUGCAGGAGCUAUAGCUGGGAUUGUUAUUGGUGUUUUAAUAGGUGUUGCUGCAGUUGUGGGUUUGAUUUUCUACUUCAUGAAAGGCAAAGAAAUGCUGGAAACAAGCUCCAGAGGAAAUAAACAGAAUGGAGCAACAGCAAAUGAAGGACAUGAGUUGCACUAUGCAGAUCUUCAAUAUCAUCAAAGGCAGCCAGGAACACCAACCGUAGCAAAGGCUCACACACCUUCUCAUGCGGUUCAGUAUAAACAGACAACAUCUAAUCCUGGGAUGCAAACCAUUUAUUCUGAUGUGAGGAAGUUAUAGAGUGAGGCAACAGCAUUAGAAGUGGACCACACUGAACAAGCGUGACAAUUAAGCAAUUCUGCAAGAGACAUUUGUGAAUUUGAUCAACCUGUUGUGGAAGAGAAAAUCAUGAGUCCAAGAUCUUGAAGUAACUAAAUGUUUUCUCUGCAGAUUCUGCUUGAAUAGAAAUAGGUAUCAUUGGCUAUUUCAAUGUGACCUUCAGUGAUGUCUGUAUUUAAUCCUUAGAUUUUCUUGCUCUUAAUAUUAUAUAUAGUACAAAUGUAUUAAAACGUAAGAUAGUACUUAUGAAUACAAAUUACAACAAAGUACAAUGAGAUUGAAUGUGCAUUUCCCCAUCAAACAAUGUUGUAUAUUGGACAUUAAAUUGAAAAAUUAUAUAAGAAAAAUGUAUAAAUAUAUACAGUAUAAAUGUAAUAGUAGUAGUUCAUAUAUUAUAUUAGAUGCAAUCUAAAUAAUUGGUUGAGAACUCUGAAAUCAAAUUCCCCAGGCUGUAACAAGUUAAUUACAAUACAUGAAUCAAAAUGCCAUUUAUGUCCUCUAUACAACCUUUAAUUAGAAAUAUGUCUAUUAAAUAUGACUGGUAUUAGGGCAAAGGGCAUUUCAAAAGAAUGUCAUAAGACAUUUGUGCUGGUUAACUGUAUUAGAACCUCUCAGAGACUAACCUCUCAGAGACAAACCCAGACUGUGUUUUUAACCUUUGGACCUGCUUUACUUUGUUACUCAGGGAACUAAAAUGAGGAAGUAAUAAAACUGACAUUUACUGGAUGUUCAGUUAAAAGAAGUGCAAUGGGUAAAAACAUAAAACCAUAUAAUCAUUUGUAAUCAAUAUAACCGUCUCAUGAACAUCAGAUACUUUUCUUUAACAUUCUGUACUAAUUAAAAAAAAAGCUAACAUUUUUGUUAACCUACUGUAUUUUUGUGUUUCAUCUAGACCUACACUACCGUUCAAAAGUUUGGGGUCACCCAGACAAUUUUGUGUUUUCCAUGAAAAGUCACACUUUUAUUUCCCACCAUAAGUUGUAAAAUGAAUAGAAAAUAUAGUCAAGACAUUUUUCUGGCCAUUUUGAGCAUUUAAUCGACCCCACAAAUGUGAUGCUCCAGAAACUCAAUCUGCUCAAAGGAAGGUCAGUUUUAUAGCUUCUCUAAAGAGCUCAACUGUUUUCAGCUGUGCUAACAUGAUUGUACAAGGGUUUUCUAAUCAUCCAUUAGCCUUCUGAGGCAAUGAGCAAACACACUGUACCAUUAGAACACUGGAGUGAGAGUUGCUGGAAAUGGGCCUCUAUACACCUAUGGAGAUAUUGCACCAAAAAACAGACAUUUGCAGCUAGAAUAGUCAUUUACCACAUUAGCAAUGUAUAGAGUGUAUUUCUGAUUAGUUUAGUGAUCUUCAUUGAAAAGAGCAGUGCUUUUCUUUCAAAAAUAAGGAAAUUUCAAAGUGACCCCAAACUUUUGAACGGUAGUGUAUGUAAUUUUAUC